AUGCUGAUCGAUAUGCUUGUUUUUUUCCGCAUCCAACGACUGAGGAUGCUGUUUUACAUAAUUCUAUAUCUAUCUAUCUAUCUAUCUAUCUAUCUAUCUAUCUAUCUAUCUAUCUAUCUAUCUAUCUAUCUAUCUCAGUCUUUUCCUACAUGUCUAUCUUUGUCAGUCGAUUCAUAUCUCAAUCUUUAUCUCUCUCUCCCUCCCUCUCUCUCUCUCUCUAUCUAUCUAUCUAUAGACAAUGACCUGUUCAUCAGUUCAAUUACUUCCGUCUCUUUGUUAUUUCUCCCUCUUCCCUUUUCAGAAAGAAUAAAGGUAUGCACAUCUGAUAUCUAUCUAUUCAUCUAUCUAUCUAUCUAUCUAUCUAUCUAUCUAUCUAUCUAUCUAUCACUGGAAGUUGUCCUGAAACUCUACUCACAUUCUCCCUCACAAUCUACUUUUUUUCAAAUCGCAUUGAUCUAUCUCAGUCGAUUCAUGUCUAUCUAUCUAUCUAUCUAUCUAUCUAUCUAUCUAUCUAUCUCAGUCGUCGAUUUAUUGAUAUCUAUCUAUCUAUCUAUCUAUCUAUCUAUCUAUCUAUCUAUCUAUCUAUCUAUCUAUCUCAAUCCUUAUCUAUCUCCUCUAUUCAUAUCUAUCUAUCUAUCUAUCUAUCUAAGUCGAUUCAUUGAUAUCUAUCUAUCUAUCUAUCUAUCUAUCUAUCUAUCUCAGUCUAUUCGUAUGUAUGUAUGUCUGUAUCUAUCUAUCUAUCUAUCUAUCUAUCUAUCUAUCUAUUUCAAUCUAUUCAUAUCUAUCUAUCUAUCUAUCUAUCUAUCUAUCUAUCUAUCUCAGUCUAUUCGUAUCUAUCUAUCUAUCUAUCUAUCUAUCUAUUUCAAUCUAUUCAUAUCUAUCUAUUCGUAUCUAUCUAUCUAUCUAUCUAUCUAUCUAUCUAUCUAUCUAUCUCAGUCUAUUCGUAUCUAUCUAUCUAUCUAUCUAUCUAUCUAUCUAUCUAUCUAUCUAUCUAUCUCAGUCUUUAUCUAUCUAUCUAUCUCUGUCUGGCAAUGA